CAUAAAACGAAUCCAAUGGCCAGUUGUGCUCCGGUGAUCGUGUGGAACGGUGCUCAGUUUACGGCCAGCAGCAGGGAGCUGGAGCAGCUUCGUCGGGAUUACGGUCUGGAUGCUCGGAUGUUGGAGGCGACACUUGUGCCGCGAUACAAACGCCACAAGCCGCAGGCAGCGGCACGGAAUGAUCACGUUCGUGUGACCAAGGAGCAGCAAUCGGAUUGGAUCCUCAAGCAGGAUCGCAGCACCAACGUUAGCCAGGUGAACUUCCAUCCCUGGGCGGGUGCCCACUUCGACUUGGUGCCCUGGCGUCGCACGCGAUCCGCUUUGGAUUUGACAGCAGUGGAGGAUUACAAUCACGGCCUGGUCGAUCCCAAAUCGCUGAAGGGUCUGGAGAAAUUGGAGCUGAGACAGCAGCGCAGGAGGUUACAGCGCGCCAGGUCCACGCAUCAGGGUCUCCGGCGAUUGGUGCGCGUCCGCCUGAUCUUCUCCAUCGAGCUGCGGCACAAGCGGAUGGAGGUGCUCCGGAAAAGUGCGCUGCCCGUGCGGGUUUUCGAGCAGCGCUUUGCCCUCUCCGAAAACGAGAGCGCCGCCUACGAGCGCAUCUUGCUGAAUGCCAAUGCGGAAGUGGACCAACACGUGGGCUAUUUCAGCAAGCGGCAAGUGGUUACAUCUAAGCGGGAAUCCAACGAGGAGUUGGUGGUGGAUUUUGCAAGCGAAACGGAGGCGGAUGAGAAGGCCGAUGAGCAGUCGGAAAAGGAGGAGGCCCAAUAUGCCACAAUAGCUCCAGCGGAAAAGGGAGGCAGUGCAGCAGUGCCCGGCAAGGAAUCCGGCCAGGUGCCAUGCGUCAAGUGCCGCGAUAUUGCCAUCAAAUUGAGAACCAUAAACGAUUAUGCGCUCAACUCGAAUCUGCACCUAAGCCACAACACCAAACUAAACAAUCUGCACAGCAACAAGCUCCUCCACAGCAACCAAAGCCACAGCAGCAGCAUCAAUCCGAGCACAAGGAUGCACUCCCACCAGCUGGAUUCCUACCUGGGUGGAGUGGGCGGUAUGAUGAAUCUGGGCGGCAUGGGUCAAGUUGGCCAGAUGCACCAUCCGGGGAGCGUUUCCGGCAGCGAAAGACCCAACGGAGGAGCUCUGGCCCUUCACUAUGCCGCCGCACGUGGUUGCCUUGAUUGUGUCCAACUGCUGGUCGCCGCAUCCGUGGAUAUUUGCUACUUCUCCACGAUCAACGUUAAGAAGGGCCUCCUGGGCCGCAUGACCACAAGUCUGACCUCCUACCGUCGCAGCAAGCAGAAGUCCAAGUCCAACAAUGACAUCCACACCAUCAUCGCCACCGAGGUGGUGACGGCGGCCAUUCUCAGCAGCAGUGUCCACAGCAGCAGCACAGGAUCGGAACUCGAGGACGGAGGACAGGGCAACACCGGCCUUAUCGAGGAGGCAGCUGCCCAGGAUCACAGCAGCGAGGAGCAGGAUUACCAGCAUCAGCACGCCAAGGAUCCACCAGCCCAAACGGAGAUGAACCAUCACCCGCACUCGCACCACCAGCGCAAGUCCGCCGUGGAGGUGGUGCGCCAGCAGAUGGACGACGACGGGGAUCAGGACUCCAACGAUGACGACGAGACCAUGCCCAUGAUGAGCGGCGUCGGGCGCAAGGAGCAAAACAACCGACGCAGCGUCGUUAGCGCCAAUACGCAAAUGGACAACGAUGUCACGCCCGUUUACCUGGCGGCGCAGGAGGGCCACUUGGAGGUGCUCAAGUUUCUGGUGCUCGAGGCCGGCGGCUCUUUGUACGUCCGUGCACGCGACGGAAUGGCACCGAUCCAUGCCGCUUCACAAAUGGGCUGCUUGGAUUGCCUCAAAUGGAUGGUCCAGGAUCAAGGUGUGGAUCCCAAUUUGAGGGAUGGCGAUGGAGCCACGCCCCUGCACUUUGCAGCCUCCCGUGGACAUCUAUCCGUAGUCCGUUGGCUGCUCAAUCACGGAGCCAAAUUGUCCCUGGAUAAAUAUGGCAAGUCGCCCAUUAACGAUGCGGCAGAAAAUCAGCAGGUUGAGUGCCUGAACGUCUUGGUUCAGCACGGCACUUCGGUGGAUUACAAUGGCAAAAGUAGCUCACAGCGGCACAAGUCGCAGCAGCAACUGCACCAGCAGCACCAGCAACAGCAGCAGCAACAGCAGCAGCAGCACCUGAGCAGCAGCUGCAACUCGAACUCGAAUUCCUCGAAGCAGACGAGUCGCAGCAAUACGAUCAAGUCCAAGUCCUCCUCGACUUUGAGCUCCGACGUGGAGCCAUUUUACUUGCAUCCACCGGCCUUAGCAGGCGGAUCAGGAGGAUCGGGAAUGGGCUUGGCCAUGGGAAUGGGCAUGGGCAUGGGCAUGAGUAUGGGCCUGGGAAUCUCGAGGAAGAACAGCGAUGCCUUGUACUCGCAACAAUCGAGGAGUUCCUCCGAGAAGUUGUACAACGGUUCGUCCUCCUUGAGCGGCAAUCCGGGUGGCAACAGUUCUUCGGGAGGCGGAGGCGUCGGAGGAGGAAGUGGAGGCGGUGGAGCCCUGCUGCCCAACGAUGGUUUGUAUGUGAACCCCAUGCGGAAUGGCGGCAUGUACAACACCCCAUCGCCGAAUGGCAGCAUCUCUGGGGAGUCGUUCUUCCUGCACGAUCCGCAGGACAUCAUCUACAAUCGGGUGCGGGAUCUGUUCGUGGACUCCGAUUGCAGCAGCAGUGUGAAGCAGCAUGGCAAGAGUCACGCCCACCAACUGCUGCAGUCGAAAGCGGGCAACGCUAUGACCAUCCAGGCGGACGUCCAUUCCAGCUCCAGCGGAGCGGGCAGCGGCUCUGACGAGUCCGUCUCCAUCUCGUCCAGCUUCAACUCGCCGAAGCAGCAGCAGCAGCUGCGCAGCCAGAGUUUCAAUCGCCACGGCAGCAGCAGCAACAUCAGCGCCAGCGGCAACAUCAAGAACAAUAACUACAAGCCGCAUAAGGGCAAGCCCAGCAAUCAGAAUGGCGGUGGGGAUCACGACUACGAGGACAUCUACCUGGUGCGCGAGGAGUCGCGCAAGCAGCACCAGCAGCAACAGCAACACCAGUUGCAGCAGCAACAGCAGCUGCAGCACCAGGCCACCCAGCAGCAGCAGCAGCAGCAGCAACAGCAACAGCAGCAGCAGCUGCAACACAAAUACAACGUAGGACGAUCCCGGUCGCGGGACAGUGGCUCCCAUUCGCGAUCGGCCAGCGCCAGUUCCACCAGGAGCACGGACAUUGUGCUGCAGUACAGCAAUCACCAUUUGAACAACAAGCGCAACAUGAACAACAACAGCAACAUGAACAACAGCAGCAGCAACAUUGCACUGAGCAGCAGCAACAACAACAACAACAAUAGUCUGCUGAACCGCAAUAAAUCACAUUCGAUUAUUGGACUGCACAGCAGCAAAUACGAGUCCUCGCUGAAGGAUAACUACAGCGCAAAGAACGUCAAUCUGAAGAACCAGCUCCUCAACGGCGGCAUCAAGAGCGAUACCUACGAAAGUGUCUGUCCGCCGGAGGAUGUGGCCGAGCGGACCAAGCAGACGCACAAGAACUCCAUGAUCCGCAACAAUCUGGCGGAUGCCUCCAGCAACAACAACACCAGCGGCAGCAUCAACAACAUCAGCAAUAUGAGCAACAUGAACGGCGGCAAUCAGAGCAGCAGGAAUCUCAAGCGGGUCUCCUCGGCGCCACCAAUGCAAAAUCUGGCCGUGGUGAAUGGACCACCUCCACCACCACUACCUCCACCAUUGAGGACACCAGUUCAGCAGCAACGCAAUAACUUGAGCGUCGAUCAACCGAACAGCAUGACCGGCAACAAUGGCAUCUACAAGAAGAAUGUCUUCGGACCGAAUCAGGGUCCAACCAAUGCCAAUGGAACAGGCGGUGCAGCUCCUCCGCCAGUACCGGCACCCAAUCCCGUGGCCACUGAAGCAGUGGACUCGGAUUCAGGACUUGAAGUGGUCGAGGAGCCGAGCUUGAGGCCAUCGGAACUGGUGCGCGGCAAUCACAAUCGUACCAUGUCCACAAUAUCGGCGAACAAGAAAGCCAAGCUGCUCAAUGCCGGCAGCACAAAUGGUAGCUCCAUUGCCGCCAGCUCGGAGGACUCUCAGUCCCGAUUCGGAGGAUCUGUACAUGCUGCCAAUGGUUCUGCGGCCAAUGCCCACUUCUAUGGCUACUCGGAGGGCAACAAAAACCAGGGGAGCAAUGGACACAGCAACGGAGGUGGCGGCAAUUAUCCCAGCCAUCCCAAUCAGCCACACUACGCGACUGGUCAGCCGCAUCAGUACACGCCCAGCCUGUACGGAGGAGGCUCCUCCGCCGAGGAUCACUACGAACUUACACAGCAGCAGCAGCAGAUCUACGGAGAAACCCACUUGGCCGGCGGACAGAGGACGGGCGGACCCAAUCUGGUCAACAAGCAGCUGGUGUUGCCUUUUGUGCCGCCCAGUUUUCCCAAUAAAUCACAAGACGGCGUCACGCAUCUCAUCAAGCCGUCCGAGUAUCUCAAGAGCAUCAGCAUCGACAAGCGUUCGUGUCCAUCCUCCACCCGCUCCACGGAUACGGAGGACUACAUGCAGAUACAGAUCGCCCAGCAGCAGCAGGUGCACCACUCGCAGCUCCACUCGCAGCAUCCGCAGUCGCAUCCGCACCAGCACCACCCCCAUCCGCAUCCACAUCCGCACCAUCCCCACCAGCUGCAUGGAAUGGGCGAGCAGCCGCCGUUGCCGCCACCACCGCCGCCUCUGCCCCACGGAAUGUUACCCCCGCAGCCACUUAUGGGUCCACCGAUGGGUGUAGCAGGUGGCCAGGAUGCAACCAUGUCUGGCAAAUCACACAAGCCCAAGAAGCCGCACGGAUCGGCACCCAAUAGCCAGGACACGGCCACCAGGAAGCAGCACCAGCCACUCUCGGCCAUCUCUAUCCAGGAUCUGAACAGCGUGCAGCUGCGCCGCACGGACACACAGAAGGUACCGAAGCCCUAUCAGAUGCCAGCUCGCAGCCUGAGCAUGCAGUGUCUGACCUCCAGCACGGAAACCUAUCUGAAGUCCGACCUAAUUGCCGAGCUAAAGAUCUCCAAGGACAUACCGGGCAUCAAGAAGAUGAAAGUGGAGCAGCAGAUGGCCAGCCGGAUGGACUCGGAGCACUACAUGGAGAUCACCAAGCAGUUCUCGGGCAACAACUAUGUGGACCAGAUACCGGAACGGGACCAGGCCGGCAACGCCAUACCCGAUUGGAAGCGUCAGAUGAUGGCCAAGAAGGCGGCCGAGCGGGCCAAGAAGGACUUCGAGGAGCGCAUGGCCCAAGAGGCAGAGUCACGCCGCCUCUCCCAGAUUCCCCAGUGGAAGCGGGAUCUACUGGCGCGACGCGAGGAGACGGAGAACAAGCUGAAGGCGGCCAUCUACACGCCCAAGGUGGAGGAGAACAACCGGGUGGCGGACACCUGGCGGCUGAAGAACCGCGCCAUGUCCAUCGACAACAUCAACAUCAAUCUGGCCGGUAUGGAACAGCACUACCAGCAGAUCCAGUUCCAGCAGCAACACCUCCAGUUGGGCAACAAGGAGAACCAUGGCGAUCCCAAGGGAGCUGAUCAGGAUCAGGAGCACGGCGGUGGCGGUGGCGGUGGAAGCGGCGUUGGUAACUCUAACUGUGGCGUCAGUGGAGGGCAGGAGCUUAUCGAACCAUCGGAAGGCAGCCAGGGACACGCCGAGGCGGAGGAGGAUAACAUCAUCCCCUGGCGCGCCCAGCUGCGCAAGACCAACAGCCGUCUCAGCCUGAUCUGAUGCAUCCACGUACACAUACCCGAAAAAUUAAAUCCAUUCUUCAAUCGACCCUAA